AGCAAAAAGUUGAAGAAAAGCAGCAUAACAGCAUUGGCUGCAAACUUAUAUGACUCGCAAUGUCUGUAAUACGUGUUGAGACAAAAACGAACAGUUGGUGCUAGUUACUCGCAAUGCUACUUCAUUACAAUAAGAGGGUCGAGUAAAAGUAUCAUCUGAGAUCUCGCUCAUUUGACCCCUUAUAUAUUUUAGCGAUUUGUCUGCUAUAUAGCCAGCUUAGAGGAUUACUUUGAUUUUCAGUAAUGCAUUCUCUCUGUAUGGUUUAAUGCUUGAGCGUAACAGAGAAUAUUGUGAUUAAUUUCUUGGUUUAUAAUGUUCGUGGCAUCGUUGACAUAAGUUCGGAUUAGGUGGUUGCAUAUUUACUCGUGGCCUGUUUAGAGCGCGCUUGUUGUUUACAUUCGGAGAUGACUUUUCCACAUUGAAGGCAAAUCGUGUUCAGUUUGGUAAAGUGGCGUCUUAACUUGUGCCUAUCAGUCUACGGCUAAUUACUUUGACCUUGUGAUUUUGUUAAUUAACGGUUGAUAAAGAACAAAUUAUGUAAAGGUUAUUAAAGAGUGGCAGAUAGUUUUGGUCAUGACGAUAACCCAGUGGAAGUCGCAUUUGUAUUCAUUCGCAGUGCUGUGUUUUAAUUGCCAGUUAAAUAGCCAAUGGUUUGCUGAGUCAAACUCCAAUGUCAUUUGCGUACAGAGAAUUAGAUGAGACACCACUGGGGGGCAGUUUGCGAGCUUACCUGUUCGAAGAAGGGCGUGGCCAAAAUUGCACGUUUCAUUGCCUGUUCGAUUAAAUCAGCAGGCCCUCAAAUGUAAUACAUGGAGAUGUAAAGCUACUUCGGAAAUCAACGACUGUCUUUUUUGUCGAUUGGUGAAAGUUAAAUACACCUGUUAUAUCAACUAUAAUAUUACCUUUGACUCGAUAUUAGCUGCGCUAAUUAUCUGAUAGAAAAAAUUGUGAAUGUUUAUCUUCUACCUGGAAUUUUCUGCAAGUUGUUUCCAGCUGAUGAGCGCCGAGUGUCCAAUCAGCAUUCGUCUAAUAUUUAUCAGGAUCAGCAGCCGUAAUUGACACCCAAGGAGAGGAGGGAGAGCAAAUCCAUCGCCCCUGAUUUAUGUCCAUAUCGGCCACUUCGUCCCACCUGUACAACUCGCCUCUUCUCAACAACCUAUCCUACCAGCAGGCGCCUGUUAUUAGUCCAAGUUCGAGCUCACCCGCGGAUGUGCUUCAGAGUCCGUGCCGUGGAGGAGAUGCCCCUUUGACACGCCUGUCGCCACUAGUCACUUCCUCUCAAUCCUCGGCGGAGACCUACUCUAGCUCGGACCAAUCUCACUUCGGACUCGAUUUGUCGCCCUGUAAAAUGACCAGUGGACCCAUCGUGGAGAACAGUACACUUAACAUGAAUCCUGUUGCGAACGGGAACAACAACGAAAGGAAUACUAGCAGCGGAGCGGAUGUGUGUCGAUCUGACGCGAAGAACAACAAUUCGCCCAAUUGCUACCAGUCCUGUUUCUCUCCCUCUAUGAAGAGACCGUCUCAUCCUCAUAUUAACACCGACCUUAGGACGCCCUCGAGCGAGUUCGGGGGAUCAACCAUCGACACUGCCGGAACGCCAAUUUUAUCGACUGCGUUCUCCCAGAGCAGCUCAAGAUCCAGUUGUGAAUCAUCCCAAAUUGUCUCGUCUCAAAGUCUGGUUGCGAUGUGCACCGCCUCGAGGACCUCGACUGUCGGGAGUCUGUUGACGAGUGCAGUUCCGUCGGUGACAGCAGCCGCUCAAUCCUUGCAACCGAAUUCAUCUGACUCGACUAUCACGAUUAAAUUGCAGCUGUAUGGGUUCCAGAAUCCGGGAUCAUUCACAGCUUCAAUGUAUGCACCGGACUGUGUGUUGCGUGCGGAGAUGUUGGAGCCUGCGAAGUACUCGACGAUGCCGAUCACAUUCUCCAAUGUGCCAUGUGAUGCUGUGCAGCAGAACGCGACCUUCUCCAACUUCCUCAGUCCCACCGCCAGACACGAGUUCCUCAAACUACUCAACACAAUGGCGGAAGAGGACACGCCAGACGCAAUGUCAGAACUGAGUGGGAUGACGUCAUCCCUCGCGGGCGCACUGGGUGGGGCGGGGGUGAGGCGGAAGUUCCCACUGGUGGAGAGUCCAGUGUAUUGGCUGUUCAACAAGACAGACCGCAGGGCCUUCUGCUUCUCCUCCAAAGUGUGUCUGGAGGGAAACUACCUGGACCUCAGAGGCAGCUCCUCCGCACAGCUUUUCAUAUACGUGCAAUUGUACAGGCGGCACUAUUGGGUGCGUGAAAACUUCUCAGAAAGUGCAGUGAGUGGCACUACAGCAGCAGACCACGGCAUAUCAAGACACCCUCCUCUAAGCGCUCCUUCUCUGUUCGACCCAAAAUCAGCCGCCGCCGCCGCGUCUUCGCCAAUCAACAACCCCCAGCAGAACAAGUUCGCCCCCUUCACAAACCACACAACUGAGGCACAAUCUCGUAAAUUCUCAACACCUCACAUAACCUCACUCUUCCCCGCUUUGACCCCCACCGAAGCCCAGAGGAACCCUUUGUCGAACACUUUGAACGAAUCGCAGCAGAACCAAGCAUCGCGAAGAUUCAGUACAGGGGACUGUUUUAAAGAUUUAGUAACAAGCUUGUACAGUGGCCAAACUAAUAUUACACAGCCUAUUGUCGCAAACAGUAAUGGGCAUUUAAACUGGCAACAGAGUCAAAACGACCAACAGAAAUUACUGUCGUCCAAUUUCGCAAACCCACUUAACUCGAAAAACGCUUUAAACUCAUUUCCUGAACUGCCACAGUGUUCAACUGCAGAGUCAAAACCUAGUAGUUUUCUCUCACAACUUAAAGACCCGAAGAGACUUCGAGCGAUAGAGGAGAAGCAGAACUUCUUGGCGAAGCAGCACUUGAACGACUUAGCCGAGAGUAGUGUGCAGGCUUCUUGUGUCGAAACAGAGGAGGUUUUGGAAAAGUUUUUCCGCACUCCUCUAGCUUUCAAUCGCAGUCCGCCUGGAUCUGUCCUCGAUAAACCCUAUUUACGCUCGGAAGGAUUAGGCGACGAUUUUUCCAAUUUCGGUUCCUGGGAUUUUCAAAACCGAAACGAAAUCCCGCUUAGAAUAUUUGUAGGAAACGAAGGAUCGGAGAUCAGCAAUGCGAGUUUUCUAAAUAACAACAACGUCACUCCUAGAAGUGGUGAAUGCUCUAGGCUGUUGAAGCUAAUUACAGAUAAAAACUCGGGGGGAUCCAACUUAAAUUCACCGAUUGGGAAAAGCUACGAAGGAACACCUCAUAUAAAGCAAGAACCGCUGUCCAACUAUGAGAGCCAAAGUUGCCACCGCAGUCCCUAUUCGAACUCCACGCAGAUUAUGUUAAGUCUGCUCGACCAGAAAAGGUCAAAAUUAGCUCCAAAAGUGGCACCGCUUCAAAUAGCACCUUUUCGAAGCCUGAACGCGGCGGAGAACGAGCAGAUCUCAGAUGACGUAAUACUUAGUCCAGACUACGCAAUCCAGCAGGGCUUUCCAGACAAUUUACGUAAUAAUAGACCAAUGACGUUGCUCCAAAGUGGAAUGAAUUGUUUCAAUGGCGCUGGCAUGGUCCAAGUGGCGUCCGGGUCCCCGAGCCAGAUGGGGAUGAACUCCAUGGUACCCAGAGUGGUCAAUGAGAACUCCCUGAUGAAGAUGGAAGGGGGACACCACGGAGGUGGAGGGUACCCAUCCCCAGGAAAUAACGCGUCUCCAGGGGUGACCAAAAAACGAAGUCGUCUGCCGUCACAUGGUCCUCACGCGAAGCGACAGAGCAUGGACCACGGUCUGUCGCCUAUGGACAACAACAACAGAAUUAUGGGCAUGAACUCAACGCAUAACGACAACCAAAACUUGAACUCUUCUACCUCACACAGACAGAAUGAGAAGAGAGGAGACUCUUCCAGCAGUCCCUCUUCUGGCCUGGACAGUGACAAGAACCAGAAUCGCCCUCAUUGCCAGGCGUCUGCAGAUUACAUGGAGGACUUGGGCUUCUCAUUUCCUCAAUUGGGAGAAGGCGACGACAUUGACGAGAUGAUUCAAAACUUGCCAAUCGACGAUGAUUUCCUGAAUGACCUGCAGAUGUCACGAAACGACAUCCCUACCCCGCCCUCGGGACAAUCUGGCGAUUCGUGUGCCACCUUCCCUGGUACAUCGGACGAAGGCCGCAGCUCGGGGGGCAAGAGUUCCCCCAGUGAACACAAUUCUAUCUCGGGAGGGGGAGGAGGAGGAGGGAGCGAGAGGGGUGCUGCUAAGUGCACUGGCGCCCGGAGUAAUCUGACGACUGAGGUGCUUCUGGGCAAACAACAUGGUGCUAACUUGAAGACAAGUGACGGAGGGUCCACUAACUCCCGAAACUCAGAGAGGAAGAGGAGUGUAGAAGGAAGCAUGCAACUUCCACGUGCAUCUUUGAAGCUCAACAAGUCCAACUCUUUCGAAUCAGAUGGGAGCAAUCAAUCCAAUGGGAGUGGUGGAAAACUGAAUGCCCAGAUAAUUGGAAGCAAGACCCUUUCGGAGCUGCUGGGAUCGGCGCCGUCUGCGAUCGCCGCGGAAGCACCCACGUCAAAAGAAAGCGAGUAUCCCGGGUUCAUGUUUUCGCGAGUUGAAGAGAAAAAGAUGAUGCUAAACAUACAAAACAAAAAAUUUAUCACCCCAAAAAACGACUCAGUAGGAAAAAACAAUUACAGUGAGCGCUCUUUGUUUAUUUCGUUGGGAAGGAAGCAAGAGGGCGAUGCGAAUGUCGAAUUGAGAACACUGGAGCGGAAGGCUAGCCGGAGGUCUUCGAGCGACGGGUCGGAAUCUAACCCACCAUCAUAUCUGAACAAAGUCUUAAACGAACCGAUCGAAGAGUAUACCUCAGAAGAGAAUAGACGGAGCUGCUCUGUCGAUAUGAACGACAUUGAUAUCGGAACCAGUGGGCUGAACUCGGGGGGAGUGGAAGAUUCUGAGAUGGCGCCGCUUCCGAGAAUUAAAGGAUUUCAUGAAGUGGCUCAUGAGUUGAGAGAAGCAGCGAGGAAGGAGGAGGAACGGGAUCUUCAGGAGCAGCAGAACAAACAAGAAUUUGCACGCCAGCAGCAAACUGAAAAACAGUCGCGCCAGACUACCCAGAACCAGUUCAUGAUGCAACAGCACCAAGCAUCUUCAAAUCAGAACCCCAACAACACUAAUAGUAACAUUGCUGGCAAUGUACCGAAUGUGACCAAUAGAUCUCCUCCGUCGUCUCGGGAAAUCGGACAAAAUAUGUUCCAGUCUCAAAGGCAACAACAACAGCCACAUCAGCCAAACAAUAAUCAACAGCAACAAGUUCAGCAGCAGCAGGGUUACAUGUGCAACCAGCCCCAAAGGCCGAACUCGGUAGCAAUAGCGCCGGCCAUACAGCAGCAGCAAGGACCACCCUCUGUCCAUCGGACAACACCUACAGGACAAAUGCCCCCCACUCCUGGGCACAACAUGCAGAUACAGUAUAGCCAAUCAAAUCACCAGAACCAGAUGUUCCAAAUGUCAGCCAACCAGAGCGAGGCAAGCAGAAAGAACAGCGCGGCAUCUGUGAAUGAUUUGAACUCUGGCUUCGAUCCAAAUCUUCACCCGUUUCAGCAGCAGAAUACAAAUGCAAACGCUUCUCCUAUACUGCAUCAAACUCAGCCUCAGCAGCAGCAUAAUAUGCAGCAGCAGCAGCAGCAGCAGCAGCAGCAGCAGUCGCCGGUGAUGGGGGGACAGGAGUUCAAGCCGUUUCCACCUAACCUGUUCCGAGACCCAGUUAACCCUCCAAACCAGACAAUUGCCAACUUCAGUGCCCCAGGUGCAAUGAUGCGAGAUCAGAAGUCGCCUCAGCAGCACAGUAUGACUCCUCAAGUCUACGUACCCUCACACUGCGUCAACCCCCCACCGAACCAUCACGCUCGAAGCGUGAACACUCCAUCAAUUCAACCUCAGCAACAACCCCAACAGAGACAACCAGAUCAUCAUAUACAUCAGCAACACCAACAACAACAGCAACAAACACAGGCGGUAAAGUACUACCGACCGACGCAACCGAGUCAACAACAGAUCUACGUGUCUGCAUCCCCGGUUGCCCAUCAGAACUUGCAGAAUGAAUCAUCAAUGCAUCAAGUACCUCAGAUGGGAUCUUUCCCACAACACUACUACCAGCAGGGUCUCAACCCGCCAAUGGUGACCAAACGUUUUGUAGGCACUGGCUACCAGCCUUCAAUUGUGAGGGCUCCAAUGGGGAUGCAACAACAUCCGCAUCGUCUCAUUCGUACGCCGAUUGACCAAGCCCAAAACGUACCCCAAGGAGCGACAAUGUAUGCGAUGGCAGGACACCCGCAAUUGCAUUCUCCCCAUAUCAUGAACGGAGCCGCUUUCAACAGGUUCCCGGCACAAGGUGCAAACAACCCAGCUGCCAGAAUAACCCAACAAGGGGGGUCCGCGUACCAUCUGUACUCGAUACCCCCCUCAUUAUCACAGCCCCACCCCCAUGUUCAAAACAUGCACAGUCCAAUCAACGGCAGUGUGGACACACAACAGAGCUUGCAGUCUCCGGGUAAUAUAAUGCGUCAGAUGCCACCUGGAAUGAUGGGGAGGCCGCCGAGCGCAGUGCCCCAGGUGUACCACAUGCCGAACAGCAUGACACCUCAACCUAACCAGAAGCAACCACCCCACAUUCAUCAUCAACAGCCGCCGCCGCCGCCGCAACAACCCAAUGGUGCUAACACAAUACAGAACGAAUCGGCGCUGUCCGGCUUAAUUCAACACGCGGGAUCUCAGGCAGUGGCAGGACCUCAAAUGUCUAGUACAACACUCUCUCCGACCAUCAACACCUCAAACCUGGGAAGCAGUAGUUCUAAUAACCAUAUCAAUAAUAUUAAUUGCGCUUCCAUGGUUAUGAGCAGUAGUAGUAACAAUAUUAACCUAAAUAACCAAAACCAAUGUAUGGACAGGUUACAACCCAUGCAGGUAUCGAAUAAUUCCAUGUCUGCAAACAGUGCCCACCUUCAUAUGACGAAUAGCUCCUCUAAACAGAACCAAAUGUAUAUGAUGUCGACCACCUCAAAGCUGAUGCACUCGCCACACUCUAACAAUCAUCAACAACAACAGAGCUACACACAGCCAGUUUCAAACAGUGUUUCUCACAUGAAUAUGCAACAAAUACAAGGCCAGAACAAAAGUACGGAAAAGCAACGAAAAAGCCCGAACAGCUCGAACAGUAAAAGCCUUGCCUCCAAUCGACACGCGACAGCCGCCUCGCCUGUGAAUAAUGUAGAGCAAAUGGACAUUUCUGUAGGAAACACUGGUAGUGGAAUCACAGAAAAGUUAUCAGGGGGGUUGAAAAUGUGCAGCUCAAGUUCUAGUCUCCAAUCGAUUUCUUCAGUUGAAGAUGAGCCCAAAAUGACAGAGCAAAUGGAAGACCUGAAUUCAAUCUACGAUGACUUUCUGUCUACUUUGAGUGGCGACAAUCCGGGCAAAGCGGACGAGAGCAUGGAUACGUCUCAUACGGAUAUGGGAUCGAGUACAAAUGACUUGAUGGUGCCAAGCUUCAUGCAUAAUCUGCAGAGUCGAAAUAACAGUGGACAGUACAACACGACAAACAACCUUAUCUCCAACACGUCCCAUGGUGGCUUCACAAUGCUAAACACUUCCAGCCCGAGCCAAUAUCCUAUGGCUAAUACUAUCUCGCCGGCGGCUGGAGGAGAUGGGAACCUGUUGAAGAAACUGCUGAGCUCUGGCGCCCAGGUGACCAAUAUGGGAGUGAAUGGAGCCAGCGUGCUUAUCAGUGGAGCACCUGCAAUGUCAUCUGCGCAAGUCAUGGGACAAAAUACAAUGUCCUCCAUCAGUGGAGCAUUUACCACCUCAACGUCUAACAGUAGUAAUCAUCUAACCACACGUUCAUAACAGAAUUGAACAAACGAACGAAUCAGCCCAGUUUUAACGGUUGUUUUCGUAGAUUGUCACUGCUGUAUUUACGACACUUGCAGAACACCAAAGUUCAACUAUUUGACACGUGCAGAACACCACUUUAGUUGGCGAAGCGGGAAUUCUGCCAAGGAGUUAUCGAGCACUACUCAGCCGAAAUCCACUGCCCCACAAACAUGCCAUAGUUAAAAAAGUGUUGCGAUGGUGACAAAUUAAACAAAAGGCAUGAAAUAAAGUUAACAGGAAAUGGCCAAUAACAGAUUAUUGUGUGUCGAACACAUUGUGUUGACGGCGUGAACUUAAGAUGGACUGGUAGAAAACGGAUCAUUUUGCCGAAAUCUAGCUUUACCUACUGUUUAGACUGAAAAGCUCAUCUCAGCUACACAACAAGGAUAUUUAAACAUUGGCAGCGGCGAAUUACUAUUGCUUCUUAGCUAUCCAAGUAGAAAAUGGAUGUGGUUGAUGUGUAGUUAGACUACAUGAAAUGAACGAACUCAAACUCUGUUAGUUAAUCUGAACACAAACUCAGGCAAAUACAAUACUAAAUAGAAGCUCAGUACGAUAAGUAUUUGCUAUUCGAUUCGAAGUUGGACAAAACUCUAAGUCAAUUUAUUUUUACCUAUUUUGUCAAUAAUUCAUUUUUGAAUUUCAGUUUGUGCUGAUAAAUAAAGUAAAAAUAGAAAGAAGGCAUUAGAAAUUUAUUUAUGAAACUAAACCCAGACAGCCGCUUUAGUGUUAAUUUGUCUCCAUUAUUUUCUUGUUCUUCGUUUGUCUCUCUUUCUCUUCUUCCGCCAAAGAAGUACUAAAGUCUCUCUCAGUUGCUUCAUAUUUAGGUCAAUGUCAUAUGUCAAUGAAAUGUGUAUAGUAUUUGUUCUAGAAAUCGAAUCAAACCACUUGUGCUAAUUGGGAUGUUGUGAUUAUUAGCGAACAGUUUUCCUCAUAAAGAUAGAUCCCAAGCGAUAUGUUGCUACUGGAAUAGCGAUAGUUGUUGUACUGAUCAAAGCCUCUGCGUGAAUUCUUUGUUGUUAUUGUUGCAACAUCUGAUGCAACUCGGCGAAUAGUUGAAGGAACAAAAAAUUGGCGACCACGGUCUUAGAUUGAGAACAAUUCAAAACUGAGUUUGAGAACAAGUUUUAAAAGAUGUUUUUGACUUUUGGAUCAGUUCUUUGCCAUAAGGAGCAAAGGCACCAAAUUACAAUUUUGCGUUUGACCUUACAUGGAAAUGCAACAAGACAAAACUGUCCUAUAAAAUUCGCCCUGUUUGAAACUGAACUUUUGUUUGAUGUUGCUGAAACAUGUGAUUAAUUGAAAUAUCAAGAUUGUAUUUGUGGAUGAAAAAACAAUUCGAAAAAAAGGUCCAAAUUUGCAAUUGAAUUGUGAACAAUUGUUUGAUCAUUGGUGCGUUCACUCCUAUUUCUUGUUUAUCUCUCGCUCUCUCUCUGUCUACUCUUCUCACAACGAAUAAUAUUGUUGAAAUGUGAAAAAAGGAAACUCUCGCGAGGUUGCUUGAAGCUAACUUCGAGGUUCGCUAACGUUGCUAUCUUGUACACUAUAUCGUAUCGAGUUCGACUCAUGUCCUCAAUUUAAUAAUAUAUUCAUUUUUGGCCUUAAUCUAUUUUUAUAUGUACAAUUUACUAUGA